ACGCGCCACCGGGACCUCGCUAUGGCAGGGGCGCGCAGGCUGCUCUGUCUGUGGCUGGGCUGCUUCUGCGUUAGCCUGGCGCAGGGCGAGAGACUGAAGCGGCAUUUCCCGGAGCUCAGCAAGAUUGUGCCAGGUGACCGCUCAGCAGGUGGUGCUCCCGGCCCCGAGCUGCGGCCGCACGAUAAGGUGUCGGAGCACAUGCUGCGGCUCUAUGACAGGUACAGCGGCGGCAGGGCCAAAGCGGCGCGGACACCAGGGUCCUCGGAGCGGAGCGCGCAGCCCUUGCGCCCCCAGCCCCUGCGCGAAGGCAACACUGUUCGCAGCUUUCGAGCCGGAGCAGCAGGAACCCUUGAAGGAAAGGGACUGCAUAUUUUUAAUGUGACUUCUCUAACCAAGUCUGAAAACAUUUUAGCUGCCACACUGUAUUUCUAUAUUGGAGAGCUGAUACACAUCAACCUGAGUUGUCCAGUGUCAAGAGGAUGCUCCCAUCAUGCUCAGAGGAAACAUGUUCAGAUUGAUCUCUCUGUAUGGAUCCUCAAUUCCAGUGGAAACCAAAGUCGACUCCUGGGUCAUCUUUCAGCAGAUGUGGCCAAACCUCAUCGAGACAGUGUGUCUUGGCUGUCUAAAGAUAUCACUCACCUCUUGAGAAAGGCCAAGGAAAGCGAGGAGUUCCUCAUAGGAUUUAACAUAACUUCCAAAGGACACGAGCUGCCAAAGAAGAUGUUAUCCUUUCCUGAACCUUAUAUCUUGGUAUAUGCCAAUGAUGCUGCCAUUUCUGAGCCAGAGAGUGUGGUAUCAAGCUUCCAAGGUCACAGGAAUUUUCCCACUGGAUCUGUGCCCAAAUUGGAUAGCCAUAUUAGGGCUGCCCUUUCUAUCGAACGGAGGAAGAAGCGUUCUACUGGGGUCCUGCUGCCUCUGCAGAACAAUGAGCUUCCUGGUGCAGAAUAUCAGUAUAAGGAGGAUGGGGUAUGGGAGGAAAAAAAGCCAUACAAGACCCUUCAGACUCAGCCCCCUGAGAAGAGUAAGAACAAGAAGAAACAGAGAAAGGGACCUCAUCAGAAGAGCCAGACACUCCAGUUUGAUGAACAGACGCUGAAGAAGGCAAGAAGAAAGCAGUGGAUUGAACCUCGGAAUUGUGCUAGGCGAUACCUUAAGGUGGACUUUGCAGAUAUUGGCUGGAGUGAAUGGAUUAUCUCCCCCAAGUCUUUUGAUGCUUAUUAUUGCUCUGGAGCGUGCCAGUUCCCCAUGCCAAAGUCUUUGAAGCCAUCAAACCAUGCCACCAUCCAGAGUAUAGUGAGAGCUGUGGGGGUCGUUCCUGGAAUUCCUGAGCCUUGCUGUGUGCCAGAAAAGAUGUCCUCGCUCAGUAUCUUAUUCUUUGAUGAAAAUAAGAAUGUGGUACUUAAAGUAUAUCCUAACAUGACAGUAGAGUCUUGUGCUUGCAGAUAA